AUGGCCAGCUACUGUGGCUGCCUUUGGAACAAGUCCGAUAUCUGGCAGCCUCAGUAUCUCCCACAGGUCUCACUCAAGGCCCAUGCAACUAUCCUGUCCUCUAUAGCCCGUACAACUUUGACACAGAUAUUUGUGAAUCCAUCAGACAAGGCUAUCGAAGAGAUGUUCUAUCAUUUCCCUCUUUACGAUGGUGUCAGUGUUGUUGGGUUCGAAUGCAAAGUUGGAUCUCGUCUCCUGCAUAGCAAGGUGAAGACCAAAUCUCAAGCAAAUAAAGACUACCAAAAUGCGGUGGCUCAACGCCAGGCUGCUGCUGUCAUGGACUAUACUUCGAUGAAUGACGUUUUUGUCAUUAGACUCGGCAAUGUCCCUGCCCACGAGAAGAUUAACGUCGACAUCACUUUCGUAGGAGAGUUGAAACAAGAUGCUCAGACAGAUGGCAUUCGCUACACACUACCCAGUACCAUUGCUCCUCGUUAUGGAACUGGAACAUCUUACAGUACUACCCAACUAUCUCCACUUGGUCUGCCAGCCAAUCUUCAAGGAAUUUCUAUCACCGUUGAUGUUCAAAUGGAGAAGGGAUCAGUGAUUCGAGAGCUGGAAUCCCCAAGUCAUCGGGUCAAGGUCUCUCUCGGACGCGUCUCUUCUACACGAAUGACAUCCUCUGCCUUCGAACCAUCACAUGCGUCUGCCUCUAUUAUUCGCCAGCAGAACGAUGCAUCGGUGGUGCUGGGACAGGAUUUUGUCGUUCUCAUCAAAGCGGAUGGACUUGAUACUCCCUGCGCAUUGCUUGAACGACACCCAACUAUCCCUAAUCAGCAAGCGCUGAUGGCAACCCUCGUUCCAAAAUUUAGCCUCCUGCCCUCUGAUCCCGAGGUGGUCUUUGUCAUUGACAGAAGUGGGAGUAUGCGGGAUAAAAUAUCAACCUUGAAAUCUGCACUUGGAGUUUUCCUGAAGUCUUUGCCUGUCGGUAUCUGCUUCAAUAUAUGCUCGUUUGGGAGGUGCCACUCCUUCAUGUGGCCGACAAGCCAGGUGUACGAUGAAUCUAGCUUGGAGCAGGCUCUGGCUUUUGUUGACACUAUCGAUGCGAGCAUGGGCGGCACAGAGAUGAGGCGAGCAGUCAUCGCCACUGUGGAAAAUCGACUUAAUUUGAAAGAUCUGGACGUCUUGAUUCUCACCGAUGGACAAAUCUCCGACCAGGAUCGUUUGUUCGAUUUCGUCCGCAACAAGGCUGCUGACAAUACUGCUCGAUUCUUCACCCUUGGCAUUGGCGAAGGAGCAUCUCACUCCUUGAUUGAGGGAGUUGCAAGAGCCGGAAAUGGAUUCUGCCAAUCAGUUACAGCGUAUGAAGAGCUCGAUCGCAAGGUCAUCCGCAUGCUCAAGGGCGCCUUGACCCCUCAUGUCCAUGACUACAAGCUCGAAAUUGAAUAUGACACUGAGACAGAGACAGAGUUUGAGUUUGUGAGCGAUACUGAGAAUUUCACCGACUCUGAGACGGUGGUCGAUAAGGAGGGAGAUGGGGACAUCUCCAUGGAAGAAACAACACACAGCUCAUUGCAGCCGAUCUCGUUGUACGAUGAAAACUUCCAGGAACCCGACAUGGAUGUUGAUGAAGAUGAGAGAGCAAUUGAAAAACUUCCUAAUUUCAUCCCUCCAAGAGCAAUCCAAGCUCCGUACAAUAUCCCACCUUUGUACCCGUUCAUUAGAACAAAUGUCUACCUCCUUCUGGAUCCCACCUUGUCCGAGAAGACCCCAAAGUCGCUGAAGCUCAGUGCGACUUCCAGGGACGGUCCCCUGCAGCUGCAAAUUCCGAUCUGCCAUAUCGGGACUGGUGAAACAAUCCACCAACUUGCUUCGCGAAAGGCCGUGAUCGAGCUCGAAGAGAGACACGGCUGGCUCGCACAUUCUAAGGACGAGAAAGGAAACAAAUUCGAACACUUCCACCAAACAACAAAAAAGCGACUUGCAGAGCGUGAAUGCCAGGACCUAGGAAUCAAGUUCCAGGUAGCUGGAAAAUACUGCUCAUUCGUGGCAUUGGAGGAGUGUGACUCUUCGUCUUCGGAACAACAGGACGAACAACAUACCCCGAAGGAAGAUACCGUAGAGCAUUUUUCUUCUAUUCUAGAGUCUGCUAGAUUUCCCAAUGCCGCACGUGUACGCACUGGUGGUAGCCGGAGUGGCGGUGUAUUCGGCAGUCAACGUAGCUCCCACAGUUCACGCCAAGCUAUGCCAAUGCAGACGUCUCAGAUUUCAACAGGACCUGGCUUGCAGUAUGAACAUGCGGGAGCCCUCCGUUUCUCCAGUGGUGUAGCACCUCUACGUAAGAGAUCCAGAAAUUCGAAUUCUAUCAAUCAACUGGCCGCAUUUGCUGCCGCUCCAAUGUUUGGUCAAAGGAGCGCAAUCAGCGCUGGAGUUCCAAUGUCCCCAAAUCCUACUUUGCCGAAGACUGCGCUGAUGAGAAUGCACGAGCUUAUUCGGCUGCAAACCUUUGAGGGUAGCUGGAUGUGGUCGAACGAACUCUUCGGGCUCUUGGAAUGUGACAAGAGCACUAUAAUCAAUAAAUUGGCCACACUGUAUGGGAUUGCCGAUCGAAUUACUGAAGAUGGGUUCCAAAAUGGUAGCGAGCCCAAAGUUCUUGCAACGCUGCUGGCAAUUGGAUGGCUGCUGAAGAAGCACUCGGCUUCAAGGGCUGUUUGGGAACUUGUGUCUGCCAAAGCCUCUGACUGGGUUAGCGUUGAGUUGAAGAGGAUGAUGGAUCAGGGUUUGCCUGGGGCGAUCAUUGCAUCAAUCCGAGAUGAGAUUGUUGAUAUGGUCUAA